AUGGCCCCCGUUCCUCCCAUCAACCAGGUGGGCAUCGCCUGGCCCAACAUAUUGAGCCUUUAUGUUAGAGGUCACCACUGUUUGGGUUGGGACUGCCUGACUCCCUCUGAACAAGCAGGUAUUAUCAUCAGUGCUACAGUUAUCUUGAUCGUUCUUCUCUUUACCUGCAUGUACUACUUGGGAAGAAUAACGACGGCUCACCAGGAGAUUGUGCUCCGCCGCCAACGGAGGCGUAGAAGCCGCUCGUUCGCCCUUGCCCCGACUGUUUCACUAGUACAACUACCUCCUGUUCCGAGAUUCCCAAGCCAACAGGUCUCAUAUCAGCCUGUACUCUAUCACCCCCCUCUCGCUCCUCUCGUUCCAGUUGGCCUCCCGCAUCUUCAAGGUCCUUCGGGGGUGAUGCCUCAGCAGCAGAUCCCAGUAUUUCUACCUAUCCAGCCAACUACAUACGUUCAACCACAGCCAAUAUUUCAACCUACCACUCGUCAGAAUGAGCAAGUCAGACCAUUGCAGUGUUCUGGGUCAUGUCCAGCUUCUAUGUCUUCAAGCGGUUUGCCCCCUCGGCAUCCUUCCUGGCGUCAGCGUCUCCGUCGAGCAUUUGGACUUCCUCUCGGAAAAGCUUCGACCGUGGGCAGCGAAUCAGUUCCCGGAACCCCUGCCAUGCCACAGCCUCCGCCAGAAGGCUCUCAUCGGGCAUCGAACGCAAACAGAUAUACUGAUAAACAAACAGAGGCUCGUGAUGCACCGCGCAACAGUCAAGACCUUGGGCGCGAUAAUGGUCCCUCGGAUCACUCUCGGGGAAGUGACAGGAGCAACACAGCUGAUAGUGAUAGAAUCCGAUCUCCAGGUUCUGCAGCAGCGACAGUCCAUAGUGACGAUUACGACCUAAUCUCCAAUGUGCAACUACAGCAUACUCAUCAUAACGCAUCCAACGGGCAAGAAUCUCGCGGACAAACAGAUUUGUCAAACGCCAAUGAUAGCAACUUGUCAGAUUAUCACAACCCUUUGGCCAUGCUGCCCGCUAGACUGCCUUUCAAUCCCAUGGAAAAGCCAUCAACUCCCAAGUCUGUGAUGCUGGACACUCGACAGCAUAUUGACCAACUCGAAUUUGUGAUGCCCGGGCGACAAUCUCGUGCCCAUACGCCAACAUUGUCCCGUCAGCCACCCAUUAGGACACAUCAUCCUGAGUGCGAGCAGCAUCACCGAGGUCGUGAGAUGCACAGAAGAAACUGGGACAGCACACAUACUAAUGCAAACUACAUGACCGGAGGCAUCACUUGGCCGUCAACACCUCAGCCCACUCAUCAAGGGGGCGGCAUCUACUAG